AUGUCGUCCAAUCUCCCAGCUCCAGCCGAGCCAACAACCGAAGGGCUGGACUUUACGGAUAAGCCCUACCACACUUCUCGCAUCGAUCGCAUGGCACUGUUUUACGAGAACGUUGAGCGGGUGCAGCGCUUUAUUAACGAAAACAUUUCGAGCUUUUCUGGUCUCAAUGAAAAGGUUCUGUUCCUUUUUGGCGAUGACGCCACUUUCCCUUGUCAACCAGUGUUUGUCGACGCUACCUCGAUUCCACCCGUCGUCACAAGCACUAUUCCGGACUCCUCCAAUCCACCGCACAAAACAAUCACCAUCCUUCCCGAAUACGUUGUCGACGCAAUCGAGGGACGUAUGCACACCCAGCAUGCAUUUGGUAAACGCGCCAAACCAUCCACAAACGGCGCCAUCCCCGCCUGUUUUAGUCCCGGUGGCGUUCCGGGGUUCUGCGAUGGCGUCACGGACCCGGACGCGCUGCCCAAGCCGACCGAAGACGUGGAGCAGCUGAAGCGAGAUCUCACGAGGUGGGGAUACGCAAUCUGCGCCAACGCAUUAUCGGACCAGCAGGUCCGUAUCAUCCGCACCGCGGUGGAAGAGCAGGCCGAAGCAGAGAGGUUGACGGGUGUUGGGCAUUUGGACUCUGCACAUAAAAAGGAGGGGGAUCAACCGAACCAGCGUAUUUGGAACCUUCCAAACAAAGGAGACGAAUUCCUCGAUCUUCUCAACCACCCGAUUAUCGACGCCGUUGGCCCAUGGUUUCUUGGUGGUGGUUUCAGCCUUUUUACCAUGUCAGCAAAUGUCGCGCGGCCUGGGAGCUCCGGGAUAUAUAUGCACAGGGACCAAAUGGGACUUACGCCUGAUACCAUUGCGCAUCCAUACGUAUUAAAUAUGAUGUGGUAUCUUACUGAUGUUACUGAUGAGAAGGGGGCUACGAGGAUCUAUCCUGGAAGCCACGUUGCUCAUGUGGUACCUGAGGAGAUAAACGCUGUGGGUAAAUCAAUCCCAGCGGCAGCACCCGCAGGCUCUUGCGUUCUACUCGAUAGCAGAACUUGGCACUCCACCGGUGUGAACACAACAGCAGAGACCAGGCCAGUCAUUCUGCAGUCGUUUUGUCGGUUUUUUGUGCGGCAGAUUGAGAAUUACCAGGCCAAUUUGAGCGAGGAAGUCAAGGCUAAAUUGUCCGACCGACAGCGCAACAUUCUCGGCCUCCCAAAUCUAGGGCCAGCUGGCAAGGGGCAGGGCUUUGCAGCAUACAACUGGCCGGGCACACAAGUGGGCAGGAUGAGAGUUGCUCUUGGGCCUCAGUAG